AUGGGCUCCGGAUCCAACCUUUACCCCCGCGAUGCGCGCGCUCAAGUAAUCGAGAACUGCGAGUUCACCUACGGACCCGACGCCCGGUUCUCACUCGUUCUCACCCGGGAAGCUGCGGGUAACUUCAAGGCCAUCGUUCUCAAAACGCAAGACGGUGCCCGCAAGGCCGUCUUGUCAGCAGCCGCGCCCCGCUAUGAGGACGCCCUGGCAUUGCUUCUCACCAAGUCGGCAGAAGCCGUUCAGGAGCACGUCGAUGCCCAUGGAUUUGGCCUCGUCUCGCAACCCAAGGAGCAGCAUGUCAAACUAGAUGAUGGCGUGGAGUUUGAGAAGGACAGCGGCUCGUCCACCGUGACGCUCGACGACUACGAGUCUUUGUCCGAUGACGAGACCGUUUCUAUCACCUCCGUCGGCCAGGCCAAGCGCAAGAGCCGCCGCAGGAUAGAGACAAGACAAUCGCCGGCCAAGACAAGACAGGCUACAAAGGCGAAGGAAAGCGGCCACCCCAAGGAGAGACGGGGUCGUUCCAGGUCCCGUUCUCCAUUCAAGUUGCCCAUCACUCGGACACGAUCCCGUUCGAUCCGCUCCGAUACGAGCUCCUCCGAAUCCGGGUCCGAUUAUGAGAGCCACGACGACAACCGCUCCCGGCCUCCCCCUCCAGCCCCUCAGUCUUCUCGUCGGAUGGCCCCUUUCAGCGCCUUCGGCAAACCCGCCAAUAGCGCUAACCCCGAUCCGCGCCCUUUCGUACCUGGACUUCCCAAGUUUACCGCCAAAUAUCCCGCUACCUCGGCAGCCUCACUUUUACCACCACCUCCUCCUCCUCCGCCGCCAUCCUCCAUAUCCUGCGCCCCUCGUCAUAUGCCACGCCCCCUCAGUAUGCCACCGAUACCUCCUAUCAACGUGUCAUACCCUCCCGGUAACAACAACACCACCGCCGCCAACGCUAACAAUCCUCCCUUCCGCCCGCAACGCUUCGUCCCACCACCUCCUCCACCCCCACCUCCGCCUCCGUUUACUCAACCCACCCCGAACCAGCCCCAACCUCAGCCCAAAACGCACGACAUUGCCCUACGCAUCCGCUGGCGCGGCCACGGCGAGCACCGCGUUCUCGAGCGCCUCGCCCUAUACCCCCACAGCAUCCAACAGGCCGCCCUCUCCUACGUCAAGCGCAGGCCCUACUCCUUUGAGAACAUUCAACCUAGCGCUGCUCCCACCGUGUUUUCCGGCCUGAAGGCUGCCUUGCGCAAUGUGAGUGUGGACGGGGUGGUGUAUGAUUUGGGCGCGUGGAGCAGCGAGACCAGCAGCACUGGUACCGCUGCUGGUGGUGGAAGUGGAAGUGGAAGGGCAGAUUUGGCACGGGUAAUAGAGGGUCUGUUGCCAUCGACCUCGUCGUCAGCGGUGAUUCCGGUAUUUGAGGUCGAUCAACAACGGGACUGGCAACUCGAACGGAAACGUGGCGUCAAGCCAACUUCACAGGACCGCAUCCGUUCCGUGGCUUACAAAAAUGGAAUCUCUGACCUCCGGUGA